AUGUCCACAACCCACCAAGCAGCCAUAGUCCCCCAAAAGGGUGGUCCCCUAGCUGUUGUGCAACGCGAAACACCUACUCCCGCCCCCAAUGAACUCCUCAUUGAAGUCCAUGCCGUCGCUCUAAAUCCCGUCGACAUCUACCAACGAGACAUGGGCAUGUUCAUCCAAGAAUACCCAGCUGUGCUAGGCUCAGACGUCAGCGGGAUCGUGGCGAAGACAGGCUCCUCGGCCACCCUCGCGCCAGGUACACGAGUGACUGCAUUCGCCAGCGCAUUCAUGCACCAAGGAAGCCCGAACUACGGCGCGCUGCAGAGGUACGUACUCGUCAGCGAGGAGAUGGUGGCCGUUCUCCCAGAGUCGUAUUCUUUUACCGAGGCGCUGACCUCGUGGAACGGGUGGUUGUGGGCUGGAGUUCCGCGGGAAGUUUCUCCCAAGGGAAAAGAAGGUGUCCUUGUUUGGGGCGCGGGGAGUAGUAUGGGGAGUUUCGCGGUGCAAGGGGCGAAAUUGGCUGGAUAUACUGUUUAUGCGACUGCUAGUCCACAGCAUCAUGAGUAUGUGAAGGGACUUGGCGCGUCGCGCAUGUUUGAUUACAAGGCUGGGGAUGUGUUGCAACAGAUUGUGGAUGCUGCGAAAGAAGAUGGGCUGAUGUUUAAGAUUGGGUAUCAUGCUACUGGGUCGCAACAGUUAUCCGUGGAUGUCAUGGAGGCGUUGCGAGGGGAUGGAGAAAAGGUCAAGCUGGCUAUUGCGCCCAUCGUUGAUGCAAGUGUGAAAGUUCCCGAGGGCGUCGAGACUGCGUUUGUUUCAGCGCCGGAUGACCUUGAUGCGAGAUAUGAACAGUGUGCUUGGAUCUUCAAGACUUGGUUGCAGGAGAAGCUGGCGACUCGGCAGGUGGUGGUUAGUCCAAAGAUCAAGGUUGUGGAAGGGGGACUGGAAUCUGCUAAUCAAGCUCUGGAUGAGUUGAAGGCUGGCGUCAGUGGUGUCAAGCUUGUCUUGGAGCUCUGA